AUGACAUCCCUUUCCGACAAGACAAAAAGGAUCUCUGCUGUAAGAGAUUUUCCGUAUGGAUGUGGGACUCGUUCUAUUCAGAAUCAGAGAAGUGUGAAUGAUAGUGAGACACGACAGGAAUCGAUUGAUCGUGGUUACCAACAUAGGCCUGCUUGUCCUGUUAACGAAGUUGAAUCACUUGAUGUGAUUAUGAAGAAAGCUGGCUUCAAUGUCUCUGCUAGGAGUAAUGCUGAGAGGGGAAGAUCUGUUUCAUCUUACAGUAAGUUUGGUCCAUCUUGUGGAAGCAAAGUUAAGCCUCUAAGUUCAGAGGAAGCUAUUAGGCUAAGUGCUUCUCAUAUUAGAAGAAGACAACUUUCACAUUCAUCUACAAACACUGAGAGGAAGCUUGUUCUAGCCAAAGCUUUGGAAAAACAAAGAAACUCCCCUGAGAAUGGUUAUGCAACUGCGUUAAGGUCCAAGACUCAAAGACUUGGACUCAACCCUGUUACUAGACAAAACCAGGUGACCAAAGCUCUUACCCCAAGGGAGAAAGUUCUCAAAGUGUUGCGUCUCUUCAAGCUUGUGUUCAAAGAGCUGGACCGAGACAAAGCAGGGCGGCAUUACGAGGCACGAGCCAUCCUCAUGAGCGAAGGGAUGCAAGUGAACGCUCAGAAGAUGAUUGGACCAGUCCCUGGAAUCGAAAUUGGAGAUGAGUUUCAGUACAAGUCAGAACUCAACUUGAUCGGUCUCCAUUUCGACAUCAGAGGUGGCAUUGACUACAUAACCAGAGGAGACUUGAAGCUAGCUACGAGCAUCAUUUCAUCGGAAGGUAAUGGUUACACGGAUAGGUUCAACUCUGAUGUGAUGAUUUACUCAGGCCAGGGAGGUAACUUGACGAGCAAGGAUCAGAGAGUGGUCAAAGAUCAGAAGCUUGAAACGGGGAAUCUGGCUUUGGCUAAUAGCAUGGUGGAGAAGACUCCGGUGAGAGUGAUACGUGGCGUGAAGAGAUUGGACCAGAGGGGGAAGUGUUAUGUCUAUGAUGGGUUGUACUUGGUUCAGGAGUAUUGGCGAGAGAGGGGACGUGGAGGUAGUGUUGUGUUUAAGUUCAAGCUUUGUAGAGUUCCUGGUCAGCAUUCCACUAACUUGAAAUAUUAUUAAUGUGAGAUGAAACUGGGGGUGUGUGGAAGUAGUAGUAUCAGACGGAUGCGCUAUUGGUUAUGGGUAUGUGGGGGUAGAGGAAACUUGCUUGCUAAAGCUAUAGCUAAUCAUGACAUAGUAGUAGGUUUUGGUAUCUUUUGCUUUCUUGUCAGAUGUGC